AUAAUCCAGGAGUGCUUCAACUCCCCUUAUGGAUCUGGGUUCUUUGCCGAGUAUGCUGAAAAGAUCCCAGGAGAGACCACACAGGUGUUGUCGCAGGCAGCCAAGGAGUGUGGGGUUUAUUUAGUGGGCGGAUCCAUUCCUGAGGAGGACGGAAGAAAGCUCUAUAACACCUGCUCAAUUUUUGGACCUGAUGGAAAGCUGCUUGUCAAACACAGGAAAAUUCAUCUUUUUGAUAUUGAUGUACCAGGGAAAAUACGGUUUCAGGAGUCUGAAACACUAAGUCCGGGAAACAGUUUAUCCAUGUUUGAAACCCCAUUUUGCAGAGUAGGUGUGGGAAUAUGUUAUGACAUCAGAUUUGCAGAGUUGGCACAGAUCUAUGCUAAAAAAGGUUGCCAGCUUUUGGUAUAUCCUGGUGCCUUCAAUAUGACCACGGGUCCAGCUCACUGGGAGCUGCUGCAGAGGGGGAGGGCAGUGGAUAAUCAGGUCUAUGUGGCGGCUGCUUCACCAGCAAGAGAUGAAAGCGCCAGCUAUGUGGCCUGGGGUCACAGCUCUGUGGUUAACCCUUGGGGGGAGGUAAUUGCCAAAGCUGGAUCAGAGGAAUCUGUUGUAUAUGCUGACAUAGAUCUGCAGUAUUUGGCCGAUAUGCGUCAGCAGCUCCCAAUCACCACACAACGACGGAAUGAUCUAUAUAGUGUUAAUAGUGUUCAGGAGGGCUGAACACUUGUUCACACAAAGCAAAGGGUACCACACACAAAGAUGUUUUAAUUAUUGUGAAGAACAAGCGCUUCACAAUUUGUUGUCUUUUGCUGAUUCUUUUACAACUUUAUUAUACAACUAUUAUAUUUGUAAUCUAUAAGAGUUUUUUCAGUGGUAAAAACAUUGGACGGUUAUGCCUGGGCUGGUGAAAUGCUGCAUCAGUGCAAGAAAAAUA